AUGGGUAUCAACAACCCCCUCCCGUCGUCGAUGGCCUCGGAGUGCAAGAAGUGCGGAAAGAUUCUGGCUUCGUUUAUUGAUCCUCGCCAGGCCUUUGGCCCCGAAAAAGUCAUCCCUCCCUCGGUUCUGGCCGGCGCAAAGGGUCUUGCGAUCAUCACCGUCUUCAAGGCCGGCUUCCUCGGCUCCGCGCGGUUUGGCAGCGGUCUCGUUAUUUCGCGACUACCCGACGGCAGCUGGAGCGCUCCCAGUGCCAUUGCGACAGGCGGUGCAGGCUUCGGUGGCCAGAUUGGCUUCGAGUUAACAGACUUUGUUUUCAUUCUCAACGACGCAAAAGCCGUCAAGACCUUCUCGCAGGCUGGCUCGCUCACCCUUGGUGGCAACGUAUCGCUUGCCGCCGGCCCCGUUGGUCGCAAUGCCGAGGCUGCUGGCGCCGCCAGUUUGAAGAGUGUCGCCGCGGUCUUCAGUUACUCCAAGACCAAGGGUCUGUUCGCCGGUGUGUCGCUCGAGGGUUCUGCCAUCAUUGAGCGCAAGGAGGCCAACGCCCGUCUCUACGGCCGCCCGGUCAGCGCCAGCGAGCUCCUGUCUGGCUCUGAGCCUGUUCCUCACCAAGCCGCUCCCCUGCUCAACAUUCUAAACUCACGUGCCUUCAACAAUGGCGGCCGCAGUGGCGACGACAUCUACAAUGAUAUCCCCGUCUACGAUGACCAGUACGACAACGGCGGCGGAUACGGCAACAACAACCGCCGGGGCUACGGUGAUGGCCCUGUUCGCGACAGCGGCUACGGCAGCCCAUCUUGGGACCGUGGUGGCGACCGCGAUCGGGACCGGUACGACCGCGACCGUGAUGAUGGCUACGGCCGUAACGGCGGUGGUGGCGGCGGCUACGGUGCACCCCGGCGCUCGGCAACGACCAACUCGUGGCGCGACGACGUAUAUGACGACCCGGGCUCGCGCGGCUUCAACAACAACUCGCGCUCCAACACGUACAACGACAGCAAGCCAGAUUCGCGAUCGGGCCCCGGCCGGCCUGCAGCGCCCAAGCCCAACUUUGCCAGCAAGCAGAACCUACUUAAGAAGAACGAGGCUGUGGCCCUGUUCACGUUCGAGGCAGACCAGCCGGGCGACCUGGCAUUCAAGAAGGGCGAUGUUAUCACGGUGCUGAAGAAGACGGAGAGCGACAACGACUGGUGGACAGGAAUGAUUGGCACAAGACACGGCAUCUUCCCCAGCAACUAUGUUAAAAUGAAGGAGUAA